GAUCAGGCAUAUUCGGCAUGAUUCACUGAACAAGGGUCCUCUUGCUGUCACUGGAGAUUGUGCAUUGUGAUGAAUUGAAAUAAAAUAAAAGAAAUGCAUUUGCACCGCAGACCUGUAGCACUUAGCCUGCUUUAUACAAGUAGCCGUCAGCUCUGAGCAUGGGAACAUCUUCUAUUUUUGUUCGCAGCGAAUGCAUGCAACGAACGGUACGUAGAACAGUGAGAAUUUUGUGAAGUCUACAGAAGUAAAUUUUGAAUUGAAUUUAGAAAUGGCUCACAGUGCUCUCGAGUACACCGAUAAUUUCCCCUUUGACAAUUAUGAGGUGUUGGCCAGCUCAAACAGGUCCGUCUGGGACCCGAAGCACUCGUUCAAGUUCGAGAAAUUCGAUAUGCAAGAAGUUGACGCCUCGCUGAUGUGGUUCCAGAACAAUUGGACCAAGUCGAUUGUGUACAGCGCCCUGUAUGCAGUUCUCAUCUACUUUGGGAGGAUUUACAUGGAGAAUAGACCUCGGUUCGAUCUCCGCUUAAGCCUGGUAAUAUGGUCCUUCUCCUUAGCAGUGUUUAGCUGGAUAGGCGCCAUUCGUGUAUGGGUCUACACCAUAGAUUUCAUCAGGGCUUAUGGUUGGAAAGCUUCAGUGUGUGACCCUACCCUCUACAAGGGCGUGGUAGGCUUCUGGUCGUGGCUGUUUGUUCUGAGUAAGCUUCCGGAGUUGGGUGACACCGUCUUCAUUGUCCUGAGGAAGCAGAAGUUAAUCUUCCUUCACUGGUAUCACCAUAUCACCGUUCUCAUCUACUCCUGGUAUACCUAUCCACAACUGGUGGCCCCAUCUCGCUACUUUGUCCUGAUGAACUUCACUGUGCAUUCCCUGAUGUAUACCUACUAUGCCCUCAAGGCUUCUAAAUGGGUCAACAUUCCAACUUGGGUCAAUAUCGUGAUCACAUCCCUGCAGAUAGCGCAGAUGUUUGUGGGCUGCUUCGUCAAUGGCUAUGCCUACUCCAUCCGGAGCAAUGGGGGAUUCUGUGCUACAACUGACGCCAAUCUACGAGCAUCCUUUUUGAUGUACCUAAGUUACUUUGUACUGUUUGUGCAUUUCUUCAUUGAGACUUAUGUCACAAGCAAGAGGAAACAACGAGCUUUGGCAGAAAAAUCGCAAGCACAAAACAUCUUGCAAGACUCCAACGACAAUACAAAAUCCGAAAAGAAAAUCAAUUAGAUGGGUUUGGCAAAGAAUUACAUCAGUGGCUGUUAUUUUUAUGUUUUGACUUUCUGCACAUUCCAUCAGCCACACUAACAUUGAUAUAGUAAUAUGAUUCUUGCAUGUUGAGUUUUACUUAGUGUGUAAUUACGUACCAACACUGAAAAAAUAACAUCCAAAAACAAAUGUUACAUGUAAAAGUAAUGAAACAGUAAAUGUGAAAGAACACAUCAAAGACUUAAAAGUAUUGACUGAUAAAUAGAAUGUUGUUUUAGUUUCAGUAUUUCAAUGGCAUGCCCUCGAAGUAGAUUGUUAAAAGAAGAGUGCAUAAUGUAGUUCCCAGUUGUAAACUAAGCUUGGAAGAGUAGAUGAAUCUGUAGAGAUAGUGAAAACAGUUGUCUUUGUAAUUCUUGUCACCAGUUGGCUUAUUGUUCAAUAGGCUGUUCAAAAUGGAUAAGAUGACACUAUCAGACUUUUCUGAGCAGCAUUUUAUGGAACUGUUUGGUUUAACGUCUGUAACAACUUUACUGUAAAAUUUAAAUGCAGUUGACACUAAAAGUACAUUUGCAAGAAUUAUUGGAACAUUUGGGUGAAAAUUCUAUUAUUACAGAGCCUGUUCAAAUUGCCGUAUCGAAAGGAAACAAGUAUCUACUUACAAUUGGAAAAAAAAGAUGGAAUUGUUUUGCACAGUUCAAUGAAGAAUGUGCACUUUUGCUUCAUAGUACAUGUAUUCUGUAGUUUGUUUUUGCACUUCUCGUACUAAAAUAGUCAAAUGCAUGUUCUAACUUUUCUGUACCUUACUUCUGAACCUUUUAGCCGAAACUUUAGACUUAAAAGGUUAAACCUGCUUCUUUGAAAGAAACUUUUUCAAAUCUUUAAAAGUGCUCAUGGUGGAUAGAAAUAUUACAGAUAAGGUGAUUGAUAGAAAAUUGCAUUUUACAGAUGAGUGACAGUUGAAAAUAGAUUUCGUUUAGAACAAUUUCUGUGCGGCUGAUGACACUGUCCAUGUUGAAGUUUUUUCAAAUGCACUUUAUAGAGGAACGACAGUUGAAGCUGGAUUGUGCUGAGAAUGAUUUCUGUGCUGUUGAUGAUACCGUCCAUGUUGAAGUUUUUUCAAAUGAGUCACAAAAAUUAGAUCAAAUAAAAUUGAAUGAAUCCUAGUUAAACUUGUUACGUUUUCAGCCACAGAAUGUUAUAUUGUAAGACUUUGUACAUAUUUGAAAUAGAAUGGUAAGUAUUGCAAGACAGCAAAUGACCAAUUUUCUCACUUCAGGGUAUAAAUUUGUUUCAGAUAUGCAGCUCAAAACUAUUCAUAUUUGUAAGUUUGAACAUUAUUUAAUGAUAAAUGUAUCUCCCCUGAAUAAUUUAUUUGUUAAAGACAAAUCUCUUUAUUUUACCAGCUAGAACUUCAGCCUGGUACACAUGACAAUGCAAUAAGUUUAAUACUGGAAAACCAGCCCAAGGAAAAAACGGCUGCUGUAGAACUUUGCCAUUUCCUCACACUACUUCAGCUCCAACCACUUCAUGAAAAGUGAAGGAUGAAAUCAAUUGAACUCUUCUGCUUCAAUUUUCUUUUCAAUAAGACCAUGUUCAAGUCUGUCAUAAAACUAUCCAUGCUUAGAUUUGAAUAAACUGGUCAAUGUAAUUUGGAUCUGUGUAAAAUGAAGGCAGUAUUAUGUACCAAGUACCAUAAUCCCUUCAUGUCGAAAUAGUUCCCAAGCACAUGUAGUUCUCAGUUAUCAAGAUUUCAGAACAUUUAUCUUUAGAUGUUGUAGUUCUUAUAAACUUAUUUAUGAUAAUGGUAAUAAAUGAUAUAAUUUUUUUUUGUAAGUGAAUAAAAUACCUAUAAAAACUGUAUCAUCAGCAAAACAUGAUUUUUAAGUAAUUGUUGAUUUGAUUAUUCAUAUCGAUUAACAAAAUGAUCAGCUGUUGAUACAGAUUUAUAUUGAAUUUCAAUAAUUGAUAUGAUUGACAGUACCUUACAGCAUAUUGCCACCAUUGUUGAUGCUGAGCUAUAGUCAUGAUCAUUUAUAAUGCCAGUUAAGAAUACAUAGAAUAUUCAUAAAUUAUUAACAGAGUGAUAAACUUGCCUAAAUUCACUGCAAGUGCUUAUAUGUGACUGUAUCCUAUAAAAUGAGUCUGAUGUGAAUUCUUGGUUUUGUAAUUGUGGACAGAACAAAAUUAUUAAGUCUGUUUGACCAUGUGAAGAUUCAUUUUUGCUUGAAUAGGUCAUAUAAAUUUGAAACUUUAGAUUUAUUUUUGUACAGUAUGGUUGUUCCUGGCAUUCUGUCGCAUUAGGUUAUUUUUGUGGUCACUUUGUGACAAGCUAAAUGUGCUAAGUUCUUUUUUAAUCUUUGCAAAGAGCUGGCAUUUGCGUGUGUAAAGUGAUUUGAUUUUCUGGAGGUUUUCCCAGUAAUAUUUUGCUCCAGUGAAAAUUCAACAAAUUUUGAUUGUUAAUGGUCUGUGGUCCUCAAACAUAGAUUUGUUUCAUUCAGACACUGGGCUCUUUGUCACAAACUGUUGAGUUAGCAGUACAAGGUUUCCUUUUUCUGUGUUGUGUGUCAAAACAUUAUCCUUAAUUAAGGUGCCUUUUCAUAUGCACGUCAGCACUUACGCCAAGCGUUGUGGAUCUGUCAAAAUUGCUCCCGGGGCAAUUUUGGCAGCCGAACGCAACGCACACCAGACGAUUUUUGUGUCUGUGGAAAAUAAACGCAUCGUGUACGCAACGCACCUGAAAACGUACAUAAGGAAAGGCACAUUUUCAUUUACCCCAUAUUAGAACCCCCAUUAAAAUCGAACCUAUGUUGAUGUAACACUCAGUUAACUUAGAUGAAUUUGUUGACAUGGCCGUUGCGAAAAACAGAAACUAUGGCAAUCAACUAAAUUGACAUUGCAACACCAUGUUACUUAGUCCCGCUACGAUUGAAUCAUAGUUGACAAAAUCUUUGAAUCUAAUGCCUGAUGUUUCAAAUUGCCAAUAUCCACUGAUUUUAUUUUGAACAUAUUUUAGUUUUGUUUUAUAGUACAGUACGUUUAUAUAAAGUGAACAUUUUACCCUCUGAACAGUACUGAUCCUAUAUAUAUUUAUAUAUUUGUUACAUUAAUUAAUUUUUGCCUCUUUCAUUAAAAUUUAAAGCCUCCAGCUUAAAUGGUAAAAACGUAAUGAAUAUGAUGUUCAGUGUAAGCAAGAUCAGUAUCAUGUCAACCUCACAGGUGGAUUAAAAUUAUCAGGUUUUAUGUAAUGUGGCAGUGCUCGCCAGAUUUUCAUUGAAUUUUGUUAUCAGUGUUGGCUAACCAUGUCAAGCAAAUGAGCGCAUAAAAUUGUUUUGAAAGCAAAAUAAGGGUACUAGUUCCACAGCUUUAGUUUAAAUUCUUCUGUGAUGAGGAGGGACAGAGUGGGUCCAAGACUGGCUCAAGUGGCGGGGGGGGGGUUCCGUCAAGUAGCAUGUACACGCUGGUGCUAAGCGGGUGGGAAGAUUGUCACCGAAUGUUAUUGGGUGGUUUGCUUUUGGGGGUUGUUUUCAAAGUUUCUAUAAUAUCCAGAUAAUGACUCCAUCGUGGAUCGCAUCUUUAAAUUUUCAUGUUUACAAAGUUGACCACGACCUUUGGGACCAAACAAGGCAAGUUCAUAUGUUUUAUACGAGAAAUUUGAUCACCCCCACAUUAUUAAUCGUGUAGGGUGAUCACAUUGUAUCGCAUCUGGUCCAAAGUGCUUAAUUUUUGCAUGAUGUAACUCGAUCUGGUUCGUGACUUUGUCAUACAUGCGGACGCGCCACUAAUAGCAACUUCCCAUUGGAUGAACACUGAAGUUGCACUUUAACUUUCGGUUCUAUGGUCCAUGUAACUGUGUAGUGGGCAUGGUUUGAACUGAAGUGACGUCACACUUAUGAACCGGAUUAAGAGUUAAACUUGGUACAUAUAGUAUCACAGCGAUCACUGGGCAAUUUGUUGACGUUGCUGCUGGUGGGCAGUGUGGCUCCGAACCGUCUGUCUAAUAUCAUCAGAAAGCACGAUUGCUCAAGUACAUGCAUACAAGAAACAGUGUAAGAAUGGCAUGUGUUUACUUCUUUAUGCUGCAGACGCCAGGGAGCAGUUAGACAAAGCAGUUUUUGACUACUGUGCAAGGAACUGGAGACCUCUGUCCAACUGCUGUAUUCUUUGAAAACAGUGAAGUCUCUCCCCUUAGAUAUGAGGAUAAAUUUUGCCUUUUGACCCCUAGCUAUUGUCAUAGUGCAUUAUCAUAAGUGGGUGGCAUUGCAAUUAUCUAUUUGGAUGUAAAAUGUAUUCUUAAACCAAUACAUACGUAAUUAUAGAAGUUUGCAAUCCUGUACAUCCACAAAACUUUGAUAAAGUGCACCAGCCUGAUUAUCGUCUUAGGGUCUAAUAAUUUUGAUGCGUGGUUCACAGCAAAAUCGUUAUGUACCGUUCUUGCAAAACUCCUCGA